ACGCACGCACGCACAGUUCCGCUCACGUCAAUUCCAGGUUCUCCCUUGACAGUAGCCUAUAUCAAAGCCACGAAACACGAAACUCCAGGACUGCUUUCAGAACAAUCUGACGCGUCGUCUCGACAAAACAUCUUCCGCGCAUUGGCACAGAGUUAAGCGAAGACAGACUCCUGGCACCGAUGUACUGCUAACCAUCGUCAAGAAGCGGAACCAAGAGAAAACACGGGCACCGAGAGGCACGCAUGAAACGGGUAAUUUACGAGCGAUGACACAACAGCGUCCAUAUGAAGACUCCCUCCUAACUUGAGAGUGAUAACAAGCAAAAGCCAAGAAGUGUAUUUGGUGUGACACUGACUGCGAAGUUGUAGUUGAAAUUACUUUAUUGAACUACUCCAUCAACGACUUUUUUAUUGCUGUUUUUCAGUCAAGGUUCGUAUGAGUACGGCUUUACAUAUCUAAUGGCACAAACUGCGCUCGGGCAUACUUCUCGAAUCGGGAGAGAUGGCUCGCACCAUGCGCACGGCUUCUAUGACGCAACCGGCCACUGGCAGAUUUCCGUGAUGCUCCCGCAGGACAGACUAACCGCACACCACUGAUACCCUAUUUUGGCAAGUGAUAAACUGCAGACGACAGUUGCACAUCUCUGCGGGCACGAUAAAUACCCAGAAGCGCCAUCAACUCCUGGCUUUGGACAGCGCUGUGGCAUUUCUCUUGCCUGGAUAUGUUUGGGAUUAUUCAGAGUUCUUAAGCAGAACGUACGAAGCAGGACGUAUUGAACAGACGUGAACAGAAGAAUCUGCACGCACAAGUUGAGUUAAUUGCUGAACACAAAGUGUACUUGGGAUCUCAGAGACAUUUUGUCGACUGUUGAAGCCUUGGCCCAUGGCUGUGCGUAGGGAAAAACAGACUAUUGCCUUCUGUCAGGCAGAACUGUCGCUGGUUUGUGGAUUUAGCUGUGCAGCUGUGAAGAUUUGAAGAGUGCAGAUAGGCUACGUUAUGUUUUGAAGGAGGACGCUUUAAAUGAAGAUUUUUCACCCUUCUCUGCAGAGCUAGAGGCCAAGCACGAGGUGAAGGCUUUAGUGGAUAUAACUCGGAAUUUAGUGUCAUUUUAAUUAACUCGGCUCAAUGCGCAUCCUGUGACACGCCAGAGUCUAAAAAGCUGCGCUGUGCUGUCCGAGUUGGAGCGUAGAAUGCGUCGGGCCAAAGACGCAUUGAUUGGAAGCUCAAAGUGGUGUUCACUUCAGAUGGAUAGCUGGCGUUUCUUUUGACAUACAUUGUGGCGCGAAUAUUAUGUCACUCAAUUAUGAUUGUGUAAGAGCACGUGCGGGAGACUUCGAGAAAAUGCGGUACACUUUCUCCUUGCAGGUAUCUACUCUGCUGUUUGUGUGUGUGGGAGGUGCUGAUGGAGAGGACACCUGUGAUACUCUGAUGAUGCUGUCAGGAAACUUCACCACGUACUCUAUGGCCUUUGGGAACCAGACUGAGCAGAACGUCUCAGGGGUGUUCUGCAGGACCUCCAUUGACGGGAUUGGCACCUGCUGGCCCAGAAGUCGAGCGGGUCAGAUGGUGUCCCGGCCGUGUCCAGAGUUCUUCCUUGGCGUCCGGUACAACACCACCAAUAGCGUGUACAGGACGUGCCUGGCCAAUGGGACGUGGGCCCUGAAAGGGAACUAUUCGCAGUGCCGGGCCAUACUCAGCACACAGAGGAAGAGUAAGCUGCACUACCGGAUAGCGGUGAUUAUAAACUACCUGGGCCACUGCCUCUCCCUGAUGGCUCUGCUCCUGGCCUUUGCCCUCUUCCUGUGCUUAAGGAGUAUCCGUUGUUUAAGGAACAUCAUCCAUUGGAACCUAAUCUCAGCAUUCAUCCUCAGGAACGCCACCUGGUUCAUCGUCCAGCUCACCAUGAACACCGAGGUCCAUGAGAGCAAUGUGCUGUGGUGUCGUGUGGUCACAGCUGUGUAUAACUACUUCCACGUGACCAACUUCUUCUGGAUGUUUGGGGAAGGCUGCUACCUGCACACUGCCAUCGUACUCACCUACUCCACGGACAAACUCAGGAAGUGGAUGUUCAUCUGCAUCGGCUGGGGUAUUCCACUUCCAAUCAUCGUUGCCUGGGCUGUUGGCAAAUUGUAUUACGACAAUGAGAAGUGCUGGUUUGGGAAGAGAGCGGGGGUGUACACAGACUACAUCUACCAGGGGCCCAUGAUUCUGGUGCUUGUGAUCAACUUUGUCUUCCUCUUCAACAUAGUCAGAAUUCUAAUGACCAAACUCAGAGCCUCAACCACCUCUGAGACCAUCCAGUACAGGAAGGCAGUGAAGGCCACCCUGGUCCUCUUGCCUCUGCUGGGAAUCACCUACAUGCUGUUCUUUGUGAACCCAGGAGAGGAUGAGAUCUCCCAGAUUGUCUUCAUCUACUUCAACUCCUUCCUCGAGUCCUUCCAGGGAUUCUUUGUGUCUGUGUUCUACUGUUUCCUAAACAGUGAGGUGCGCUCCGUGGCCAGGAAGCGGUGGCACCGAUGGCAGGACAAACAUUCCAUCCGCACGCGGGGCGCCAGGGCGAUGUCCAUCCCGACCUCGCCCACGCGGCUGAGUUUCCACAGCAUCAAACAGUCCACGUCCGUAUGAGACACAGCGCACUCUUUCCACCCGGGCAGGAAGGAAGUGAAGAACGAGGGAACGAGCGAGGAAAUGGAAGAGGAGAGGAGAGGAGGGGAGAGGAGAAGGAGGGACAGUUGAAGGGCAAACCGGAGAGGUGGAGGAGACUCGCAGCACACUGGGCCAAGAACUACAGGAACCAGCGCACCUGCCGCACAGGAACUACAGGAACCAGCGUCCCUUCUGUGUGGGUUUCCACUGCAACUGACUGAGAUGGCAUGGUGUCUCUGGAUAAGGAUGACACAUUAUGAUGAUACAGAAGCACAUUAACAGCCAAGGGGUCAGAGAUCACCUCUAAUGGACCCCCCCCCCUCAACUGCCACCACAACCUCACUUGCCUAAUGGAGUAUGAUUAUUGCCAUGGGCUAACAGUGAGCCUGUUAGCUUCUGUAACAAAGACAUUCCCCCUCCACUCCCAUGUUGCAUGCCCAUGCACUCCAGAGUCCAGAGAAGCCCAGACCAGCCAGGGCCUCCACACCCCGCCUCCUCCCCUUCCCCUGGGACCAGCCCUGAGGCCAAAAGUUGAUUCUAUGUAGAUCCACACGGGUGAGUCUUGUCCUUUUCGCAGAUAGUUCUCUGGUCAGGAAGUAGGGGUGGACGCACCAAAUACCCCCCAUGUGAGGGAGCGGACCUUUGGGAUGGUGGAGAAACACUCAUCGAUGGGAAGCGGCAGUAGAUACUGAUGCAGCACUGACUCCGCAACGGCCAUCACACUGACAAUGGCUGAGGCACAGUCACUUCACAUUGGGGUCUCAUUGCAGUAAUCUAUUCAGGCAUCUAUGCAUUUUGGCCAGAGGUAGGAUGGCUAGCCAGCCACUAUCUGAGUGGGAAUUAGAAACAUAGACCAGAGCCAAGGCCACUGCUAGCCCUCAACAGCUAGCCCUCUCUGCUGGACGUCCUUGCCCCUUCUCCCUGCCCUCUCUGCUGGAUGUCCUUGCCCCUUCUCCCUGCCCUCUCUGCUGGACGUCCCUGACCCUUCUCCCUGCCCUCUCUGCUGGACAUCCCUGACCCUUCUCCCUGCCCUCUCUGCUGGACGUCCCUGACCCUUCUCCCUGCCCUCUCUGCUGGACGUCCCUGCCACUUCUCUGACUUUGGCUGCUCACAGAUGCAGAGUGGACCGGGCUACGGCUGGAAUCAGGUGCGGUUGAGCGCUCACGCCUCUUCUGCGUUCUUCAGAAAGAGUUCCUGCUGACCAGUGAUGUGGGUUUGCAAGAGUUCCUGCUGGCCUAAUGUGGGUUUGCAAGAGUUCCUGCUGACCAGUGAUGUGGGUUUGCAAGAGUUCCCGCUGGCCUGUCAUGUGGAUUUGCAAGAGUUCCUGCUGGCCUGUGAUGUGGGUUUGCAAGAGUUCCUGCUGGCCUGUGAUGUGGGUUUGCAAGAGUUCCUUCCAUUCCAUUUGAAUCACCCAUGUUACAUCUAUGCUGCUGCUGAGACCUUGAAUUUCCCCUGGGGAUCAAUAAAGUAUCUAUCUAUCUAUCUACCCUUCUGGACGCUGUGCUGGUGAAAUUAGCUGGAGAUAAUUCAACUCCCCUCCUGUCUUCCUCCUCCCCAAUGAAAAUGAACGCCUGUACACCAGGCUCAUAUUCUCCACAAGAAUAAAACAUGGCUGACCUGCAAGAAAACUGAACUUUUCUCUGCACUGUCUAAAACACUAACACUAAAAAACUGAACCAGAAACCAAAAGGGAGGAAGACUUCCCUUGGUUGGUUUGAUGUGUUCUUAAGGCUGGCGCAGAAUGAGCAGAAUAUGCACAAUAAAGCCAAAUCAACUCGGACAAAAGGGACCCUAUUUUCCUACGAAAACACAACAUGUAAACACACUCUUGGAAGCAUGUCCUUGGAGCUUUGUAUAGACCAUGACCUGUUAUCCACUCGAGCGUCUGGUCCUUUUUCUUUCUUUCAAAUUAUACGUGUAAUCGAUUGUUUUUUAUUUCCAUCAUUACAACAAUACGGGGACAUGAAUGAGGAAAGUGUGAUUUCAUUAAAGCUGUAAUGUGCACAA